AAACAGUUGGUGACAUUUGAAAUGUUACUCAUUAUGGAAAAAUAAAUAGAUAUACUGACAGUAGUAUUUCAUUUUCUCCCAUGAAGUUGACAUUCUUCAUAUUUCAUUAUCACAUCAUCAAACCAACAUUGAUGAAUUAUGAAGAAACAAGAACAACAAACAACAUACUAAAAUUACAGUAUAUAAAAUAAAUAACAUUUAAAAAAACAAGAAAAUGAAAUAAAAACAACAUACUAAAAUUGAAAGGCCUUGAAUUGAACCUAGUAGACCAGCUGUGACUGUCGGCGAAUAACCAAGCACACCCAUAAGCCCCCCUCUUCUUCUCUCUCUCUCUCUCUCUAAAAACUCUUCAUUCAAUUCAACUGUCACAUAAGAGAGAGAAAGUGUUUUUUUUUUAUGUGUUGGGUCUUGUUUUUUCUUAGCAUUAGUAACAAAGAUUGAAACUUUGAAUCUUGGUAGUUGUAAUUCUGUUGAAAAAACAUCAAGGUGUAGAAGCAAUGUAGAAGAAGGUUAUUUCAAGAGUUUGAUGUGGAAAGUUAGGAUUUUGAGAAGUGGGUAAUGGUGUAAGAUUGGUUACUAAAAUUGGGUUUUUUCUGGUUUGGUGAAUUGAGUUUUGUGGAUUGAGAACAAUGGAAUCUAAGAUGGAUCAGUAUGAGAUCAUGGAACAGAUCGGUCGUGGUGCUUUUGGUGCUGCUAUUCUUGUUAAUCAUAAAGCUGAGAAGAAAAAAUAUGUGUUGAAGAAAAUCAGGCUUGCUAGGCAGACUGAAAGAUGUAGAAGAUCUGCUCAUCAAGAGAUGGCUCUUAUUGCAAGAAUCAAGCAUCCUUACAUUGUGGAAUUUAAGGAAGCAUGGGUUGAGAAGGGUUGCUAUGUCUGCAUUGUCACCGGAUACUGUGAAGGUGGAGACAUGGCUGAAACGAUGAAAAAAUUAAACGGCACUUACUUUCCUGAGGAGAAACUCUGCAAAUGGUUCACUCAAUUACUUUUGGCAGUAGAAUACCUUCAUUCGAAUUAUGUUUUACAUCGCGACUUAAAGUGUUCCAACAUCUUUCUUACAAAGGAUCAGGAUAUUCGCCUUGGUGAUUUUGGUCUUGCUAAGACACUAAAAGCAGAUGAUUUGGCUUCUUCGGUGGUAGGAACUCCGAAUUACAUGUGUCCUGAACUGCUUGCAGAUAUUCCGUAUGGAUUCAAAUCAGAUAUUUGGUCCUUAGGCUGCUGUGUAUACGAAAUGGCUGCUCAUCGCCCUGCCUUUAAAGCAUUUGAUAUGGCAGGAUUGAUAAGCAAGAUAAAUCGUUCCUCGAUCGGCCCUUUGCCUCCGUGUUAUUCCCCUUCAUUGAAAAUACUAAUAAAAGGCAUGUUGAGAAAAAGUCCUGAGCAUCGACCAACAGCAUCUGAAGUUUUGAAGCACCCUUAUUUGCAACCUUACGUUGAUCAAUAUCGUCCAUCUUUUGCUCCUCAAACAGCCUUUUCUCCCGAAAAACCAAUUUCUGCUGUCAAUGAUACUAAAAGACGCAUGGCUGAAAGUCAGAACAGUACUAGUUCAAGUAGUGACAAAGAUAGUUUAAUGUCAAAUGACAGAAACAUUGCAACAACAGCGCCGAAGUGUGAUAGCACAGCCACAGAUAUGGAUAUUGAUGAUGAUGGCUCAGAGAAUCUCCAGGAGGUGAUAAAAUCAUCUCAUAAUGAACAGCAUUCUAAUGUUGAAUCUAAACUGCAGCCAAGAACAAUCAGAAAUAUAAUGAUGGCAUUGAAAGAAGGGAGAGGUAGAGAAGCUACUUCUCCGAUGAGAGGUAGAGAAGUUACUUCUCCGAUGAGAGGCAGUCGUGUAAAGGCUGGUGGAGUAUCGACGCAGAAAGUAAAUACAGACAUGCCGUCUAAAUUGCCUAAACCGACUUUCAUUGCUCCGAGUUUGAAGCCUAAUUUAGAGUCACCAACUGUUCCACUAAAGGCAUCCCCUGAUUCUUCGAAACGAAUAUAUGGAUCGCCUCAUUCAAAGCUUCAGUUGCUGAUGACAGAGCCGUCGCCAAAAGUUAAACCGAAACAAGAUAUGACUCCACCAUCUGGUUCUAUCAAACAACAAGGAGAAGGAGAUGGAGUUCCUCCUAGGCCAAGGCAAAGAACUCCCCCGAGCUUACUUCGACGACCUACUUUUCCAGGACGAAUGAGGCUUGCAGGGAUUGAUGUUCCAAAUGCAGCGAACGAUAGCGGGAAGCUAGGUCCAAGUAAUAUAGGGCAGGAGUCUGAGAUGAGCCACUGUCAGUUGUUAAAUGGAAACGUACCACGUAUUUCUAGACCGUUUAUUAGAGAACCUCAGAAUGCUUUUGAAAGAAGUUCUAAAGGAAUGCAAACAGACAGUAGUAAUUCUGCCUCGUCUUCAGUUUCAAUUCAUGGAUGUGAACUUGCUGAUGAUGCAACAACUUUUAUUGACAUGAGAGAACAUACUCUUCCUGAUCAUGACAAUGAAACAAAUGUUGUCGGUGUUGAAUCAUAUCCAGACCGCAGCUCGUCGACAACCUGUACACAUUGUAAGAUGGCUGAAGAAGUGUCAGAGGAAACCUGUGAAGUCACCAUGAAUUUUCAGAGUACUAUUAGUAGUAAUGAAAAAGUGAGUUCCAAUUUAACUCUUGAUCGCCCUGCUGAAAAUUCUAAGGAAAUGUUUGCUUCGGAAUAUAGUCAUCCGAGAAAUCAGACAACUACAUCUACUGCUUCCGUGUGUGAUAAUAGAUCUGUUGACCCGCCUGCUGAAGCGGCCGACGAAAUCGAAGAUCUUCGAGAUAUUUCCAAGGAAAUGGAUUUAACCAAGUCUCCCAAACAUCCACCCUCAAUUUCUGGAGAAAACGCUGUUUGUGAAGAAGUUGGUUCGGUAAACAAACUCAAUAAUAGGCCUGAAACUGUCACUGGUGAUGACAAAUUCACGGUGAAGGAGCGAUUGUCGUUGGUCGCUGAAACUGAUCCUAUAACUACUGCUACUAAAAUACCGAACCAGAAAGUUUCGCAAGAGAAAGGAACUGUCACGCAGAAUCCAGCAGCACAAGAAAGGCCAGAUACUAGUCAUCUUCCUGCAGCCUUUGACGAAGUCAUCCAUGUUAUUCGACAUAGUAGUUACCGUGUUGGGAGUGAUCAACCGGUAAUGGAAUCAGUCGAAAUGGGGGUUCAGAAUGUCGAUGUUGGUAAGUUUAUCAAUGUUAUGAGGGAUGACAUCGAAAAGAGAAACAUAAGCUCUCCGAUGACUCUUAAAUCUUCGAGUUCCUCCGAAUCCGCAAGCUUUAAAUCUAGUAUUUCUGAUCAGUUGGAAAUGAAAAACACAAACACAAGUUUCUCCGACGCUACGAGCUUGAAACCGAGCAUUCCGGAUCAUCCUAGUCUUAAGGAACAAGAAGUGAGCAACACUGUUUCUUCAGUUUCAGAAUCUGAUUCAUCCGAGCUUGGUAAAUGCAACACUCCUACAACCGAAGACAAACCUCCGGUGAAGGAAAUACUCGACGUGAAAUCUUUCAGGCAGAGAGCCGAAGCACUUGAAGAGCUUUUGGAAUUGUCUGCAGAUUUGUUGCAGCAAAAUAGACUGGAGGAACUUCAAGUUGUUCUAAAGCCAUUCGGUAAAGAUAAGGUCUCUCCGCGAGAGACAGCGAUUUGGUUAGCCAAGAGUCUUAAGGGAAUGAUGUCUGAAGAAAACGGAGGACGCUGUUCAUCAUGAGGUAUCUUAAUUUUUACCUGAUGAAUUUGUUUUGUAUUUGAAUGUUUAAAAUUUGGUUUUAUAGUUCAUAGGUAUUCAAGCAGCACUUGAAUUUUUAAGAGAAAUGUUUGGCUUUGUUGCUGGUUCUUUUUCAUCAUUGUAAUUCUUUCAGUACUUUUAUGAUGCUGUAAAUAGUGAUAUCAUACAAAUUAAUAAUAUCAAUUUACGGUUAAUUGUAUGGA